CGUUAGGGUACUGAAUACCGGUGGAUGACUGACGAGAGAGGUCAGCUACUAAAAUCAGGCGAAUCCCGUACAAUACUUUUUUUAUUCCAAGCGCCUUCAGAUACCCAACUGAGAUAGUUGAUUGGCGAUAUCAUUACAUUUCCAUUCAUCAUAAAGCCGACGGCAUGUCUGUAUAAGAAAACCUGGUGUAUCGUGUCCGAUGGUGAUGGAAUUUUAAAUGGAGUUACAAAUCCAGGUGGCGCAGGCGGUUCACGUCUUAAAUCACGAUGCUCAAUCUUGCAAUCGUGUUUCUGCUAAUCAGUGGCUGGUUCAGUUCCAGCAGACAGAUGCUGCUUGGGAGAUCGCCACCUCAAUCCUGACCUCUGCCCAUCCUACACCGUACGUUUCUGACUUCGAAGUUGAGUUUUUUGCUGCUCAAGUUCUUAAGCGUAAGAUCCAAAAUGAAGGACAUUGUCUGCAGCUGGAAGCAAAGGAAUCUCUUGUUAAUGCUCUCCUUUUGGCUGCUAAAAGAUUUAGCUUGGGUCCACCCCAGCUCUUAACACAAAUUUGUCUGGCUCUAUCAACUCUCGUACUUCAUGCUGUGGAGUACUACAAGCCAAUCGAGAAGCUCUUUUACAGUCUUCAGAAUCUGCAAGGUCAGGAUGAUGGCAAUAUUGCUGUUCUGGAAAUGCUCACAGUCUUACCAGAAGUUGUUGAAGACGAGUGUGCUACUUAUAAAACCAAGUCAGGUCAAAGAAGUGACUACGGCCCAGAGCUACUCUCACAUACAUCAGCAGUUCUAGAGUUCCUACUGCAGCAAUCCGAGGAAAGUUUUGAUGGUGUCGUACAACUACAUGAAAGGAGCAGAAAGAUACUGCGUUGUUUGUUAAGUUGGGUUCGAGCAGGAUGCUUCUCAGAAAUUUUACCAGUCUCAUUACUAGCCCAUCCCCUUCUUAAUUUUGUUUUCAAUUCUGUGCAGGUUUUGUCCUCAUUUGAUCUGGCAAUUGAGGUUCUGAUCGAACUAGUUGGUCGACAUGAGGGACUGCCACAAGUUCUUAUAUGCAAAGUAGGAUUUCUUAAAGAUGUUCUUCUUCGAGCGUUUAGUGGUGGAGAUGAGAAAGUAAUUAGUGGUCUUGCAUGCUUGAUGUCGGAGAUUGGCCAGGCUGAUCCAAGUUUGAUUAUGGAAGCCCAUUCUGAAGCACUUGUGCUCGUGGAUGCACUUUUGAGUUGUGUAUCAUUUCCAAGUCAAGAUUGGGAGAUUGCAGACUCAACUUUGCAGUUCUGGUGUAGUCUUGCGAGCAAUAUUGUUCGAAUGGAUGCUGCGAUAACAGAAAAUAAAAAACAUGUUCAAGAUGUUUUUUCUCCAGUUUUUUCAGCAUUGCUUGAUGCUCUUCUGAUGCGUUCUCAGGUGGAUGAUUCAACAUAUACCGUUGAAACUGCAACAAGGGACCUACCGGAUGGUCUUGCUCAGUUUAGGCAAAAUUUGGUGGAGCUUUUGGUGGACAUUUGCCAACUUUUGAAGUCUGCUGUGUUUUUGCAAAAGAUUUUUUUUGGUGGUUGGUUGUCUUCAAACAUACAAAUUCCUUGGAAGGAGGUGGAAACCAGAAUGUCUGCUCUUAAUGUGGUUGCUGAUGUAGUACUGCAUGAAGGCCAAACAUUUGAUCUCUCCAUGGUCUUGCACUUGGUGACAAUCUUGUGUGAUAGGGCAUCAUACGAACCGAAAGGCUUUAUGUGCAUUGUACACAGGUCACUUGCGGAUGUUAUUGGCUCCUACUCAAAGUGGAUGUCUUCUUACAUAACUAAUGCGAGGCCAUUGCUUUUAUUUUUUGCAGCUGGUAUGUCAGAACCUUUGUGUUCACAUGCUUGUGCAACUGCCUUCAGGAAGUUCUGUGAAGAUGCUACUGCAGUUAUGCACAAACCUUCAAGUUUAGAAAUGUUAAUGUGGAUUGGAGAGGGAUUGGAGAAGAGACACUUACCUCUGGAAGAUGAAGAAGAUGUUAUUGGUGCUGUUACUCUGAUACUUGGUUACCUUCCUAGCGCGGAGUUGAGAAACAAUUUGCUGCUUAAGUUGCUUUCUUCUAGCUUUGAAUCAAUUGGCAAACUUAUUGACAGGGAUCAUGUCCAUUCUUUGAGGCAACUACCAGCUGCUUAUACUCAUCUUGUCAACUCUGCAGCGAAGGGUUUUUUCAGGAUAGGAAUUGUCUUCAGUCAUCUUGUAAUGCCACUUUCUUCAUGUCAUGAUAUCGACAAUUCUAUAAUUUUUGUUCUUGGGAGUUUCUGGCCUCUGCUUGAGAAAUUCUUUCAGUCAGAGCACAUUGAAAAUGCAAACUUAUCAAUGGCGGCAUGCCGGGCUCUUUCACAGGCAAUCAAGUCCUCAGGUAGCAUUCAUUUUGUGACACUGUUGCCCAAACUUUUAGAUUAUCUAUCAGCAAAUUUUGCAUCAUUUCAAACUCAUGAGUGCUACAUUAAAACAGCUUCUGUUGUCGUUGAAGAAUUUGGUAAUAAGGAGGAAUAUGGACCUCUAUUCAUUAGUACGCUUGAAAGGUUUACACAUGCAUCAUCAGUAAUGGCUCUAAAUUCUUCGUACGUAUGUGAUCAAGAGCCUGAUCUUGUGGAGGCCUAUUGUAGUUUCACAACGAUCUUUCUUCGUAGCUCUCCGAAGGAAGUAGUAGCUUCUUCUGGUCCUCUUCUUGAAGUUUCGCUUCAGAAAGCAGCUAUAUGUUGUACAGCAAUGCAUCGUGGAGCAGCGCUUGGAGCAAUGUCAUAUAUGUCUUGUUUCCUCGAGCUUGGCCUGAAUUCGUUGCUGGAAUCAGUCACAUGUAACUCUGAAUCAUUAAUUACAUCCAUGGCGGUUCAUGUAAUAUCUCACAGUGGCGAGGGACUUGUAUCGAAUGUGGUGUAUGCUUUACUUGGUGUUUCAGCAAUGUCAAGGGUUCACAAGUCUGCAACAAUCUUACAACAGCUGGCUGCAGUAUGCAGUUUUAGUGAGAAAACAACGUGGAAGUCUAUUCUCUGUUGGGAUUCUCUACAUGGAUGGCUACAUUCUGCGGUGCGGAGUCUACCUGGUGAGUACUUAAGGCAGGGAGAAGCAGAAAGUCUAGCACCGGUAUGGCUAAAGGCUCUAGCUGAUGCAGCAGUUGAUUAUGUUGAGAGCAGAAGCAGUGAUGGACAUAUGUGGGGAAAGGGAAAAGGAAAGGGUGGCAGGAUGCUCAAGUCUUUAUUUCGGGAAUUUGUUGAUACUCAUCGUAACAUUGGAACAUCAUGAUGAUUCAUUCUUCAGAUUGGGAAAAGCAUAUGGGAAACUUUAAAGAAUAUAAGUUUUGUAUUUUUAUUCAUUUUUUCAACUUUUCUUUUUCUUCUGGUACCAAAUUCUCAAGCAUUAAUGAAUAUUUGAGAUGUUAUUAAUUGAAAAAGUAACAUGCAAC